AUGGUGAAGAUUCAAGCCGGCAGCAUGGACGGCAGAGUUCAGAAUGAGAACGUCCAUAUGCUUCUUUGCAUUAUUCCAUGCCGAGACAACCUAGCCACGCUCGGCCUGACACCUGGACAGGAACCGCUAGAGUCUGAGAUGCGGCCAUCGAUUCCUCACACUCUUCAUGGAAGGCAGCCGGCACUUCCCACUUGGAGCCUCCAGCCAAAGCAGUACCCCAAACCCCAGCAGCUCCCAACUGCCACUCCAGACCUUGAUGUGAUUCCUCCUCGGCCAUGGACUCAAGUUACAUCAGUCCCAGCUCUUUCCAUCGGUGGAUUCCAAUCACAGCCGCAGCUUGAAUACAAGUCUGACUUGGGCCACCUGGACGAGCUGCAUUUCCAUGUCCCCUCCGAGAAACCCUACCAGUCACUCCAUUCCCCCCUUCCCCUAGCGACUUACAGACCAUACCAACCGCCAGAACCUCGCACCAACGCCCCGGAGCUGCAGGUGAAAAGUCUGCGCAGAGGAUGCCAACAUGAAUUGUUUGACAUACAACAUGGGAUGCAUACCACAUCCGCACCUCCGCUUGCUCCUACUUGCAUUUCGUUGGGCUUAGGAGUGCCUCUACCUCUCGAGGAGCCUGAAUGGACCCUCUUCCCCUCACCAUCUCCAUUGACCCCUUACACCCAACCAUUCUCCCAACUGGAGCAACUGGAUUGGAAACAGCUGAUCAUGGCUGGUUUCCAGGGGCAAAGGCUUCAAGUACAAGCGGGGGGUCAACAAGCCUCCAGUCAACCCGUGCAGCCGUCGGUGCGUCCAGCAGCCCAAAAGCGGCGCAUGAUGUUGACCGAGGUUGAGGACGACAAAGGCCAAGAAGAGGAGAGACCGGCAAAGAAGAGGAGGAGGAGGAAGCGGAAGUGGAAAGCGAUAUCGUGGGAGGUCCAUGUUCCGGCCUCUCCUUCACGGGGCUCCUGCUCAGAUACCGGCACGCCAUUCGGGGGUAUUUAG